AUGGGCGCCGCGGGCCCCGCGUGCGCGGCGCGCGAGCCGCUGUCCCGGGAGCCGCCGCUGAACCGGGAGCCGCCGGCGCGCUCCGUGCUCCGGCAUGUGCGGCUGGAGAACCUGGCGGCGGGAAUGAGCGGCGGCGUCCUGUCCACCCUGGCGCUGCACCCGCUGGACCUCGUCAAGAUCCGCUUCGCAGUAAGUGAUGGAUUGGAGCUGAGGCCCAAGUACAAUGGGAUUCUCCACUGUAUGAGCACUGUCUGGAAGCAUGAAGGACUUCGAGGCUUGUAUCAAGGGGUAACUCCAAACAUGGUGGGAGCAGGGGCUUCCUGGGGACUUUACUUCUUCUUUUACAAUGCCAUCAAGGCUUACAAGAAGGAAGGGAAGAUGGAAAGUCUCAGUGCGAGCGAGCACCUGGUGUCAGCUGCAGAGGCUGGAGCCAUGACUCUCUGCAUUACAAACCCAAUAUGGGUAACCAAGACUCGACUUGUGCUACAAUAUAACGCUGGCGUGGAUCCAUCCAAGCGGCAGUACAGCGGAAUGUUUGAUGCUCUUGUAAAGAUAUACAAGACAGAGGGCAUACGUGGCUUAUAUAAGGGAUUUGUGCCUGGUCUGUUUGGAACAUCUCACGGAGCACUUCAGUUCAUGGCCUAUGAGGAUUUGAAAGAGAGAUACAACAAGUAUAGAAACAGAGUAUCAGAUACAAAAUUGAACACUGUGGAAUACAUAAUGAUGGCAGCUGUAUCCAAAAUAUUUGCUGUGGUAGCAACAUAUCCCUAUCAAGUUGUGCGAGCUCGUCUCCAAGACCAGCAUAACACAUAUUCUGGGGUGUUUGAUGUGAUCCGCAGGACAUGGAGGAAAGAAGGUCUUCAUGGAUUUUACAAAGGAAUUAUAGCUAAUGUGAUCAGAGUGACUCCUGCCUGCUGUAUUACCUUUGUAGUUUAUGAAAAUGUGUCUGGCUUUUUACUUGGUUUUAGAAAAGAAAAUAAUUAAAGGUAUGAACUUGUGUUCCUAGGAAGGAAUCUAUUCUUUAUUUUUUAUAUUUAUGAUCCGGGAGAAAUUUAGUUCAGCAGUCUUCUUUGACACUGUGAGUUGAUCUGGUAUUUUGAGGAAAGAAUGUAGAGACAAUAAACCCUGCCAACAUCUCUCCUGUUGAGCGUUCCUGCAUUGCUGCCUUCCUCUCUGAAUCAGCUGUGUCUGCUUGAAGCAGAUGUCUGCAACUGUGCAAUAAUAGUGCUGUGACUGGGUGCAGGCAGCUGCACAGCAAUUCCUUUCAUCCUGGCCUGCCUGGAAUAAUCCACUAAGAAGUUUCAGCAAAUCUCAAGAUAACAGUUGGUGAGGUUCUGCUCCUGCACAACUGGAAAAUUUUGUAUGAAAGCAACCCUGGGGCCUGUCAAAGCUUUCUUAAAUCUCUGAGUUUCAUUAAAACAAGGAAUGUCAUCUGAA